CCGAUGCGCCAACAACUGCUAAAAAGAAGACGAAGUUACAACCUCCGGAACCUUUAUUCAGCCUCUGGUUUCGGGCGGUGGGAAACAAUUGACGUUCUUACAGGAAGUUAGAGGGAGGGAUCUUUAAGAAACAUGUUUGCUGUCAGAAAUUGCAGAUUUUUUAUAACAUUUACAAACCUGAAAGUAACGACCAGAAAUCCAGAAAAUGUUUUUUCUUUAGGCCUGUGGCAAAGAAGCCUUAGCAUACAGCAAUAUGAGAAUCCAGCUGGCAACAAUGACAUGCCUAUAAAGAUGGACAACCCGUACAAGGAACCUCCAAAAACGUGCAUACUUUGUGGUGUAACUGUGGACUAUAAAAACAUACAGCUUCUGUCCCAGUUUGUAUCGCCACACACAGGCCGUAUUUAUGGCAGACACAUAACAGGUCUCUGUGGGAAGAAACAAAAGGAGGUCUCAAAGGCGAUCAAAAGAGCGCAUCACAUGGGUUUCAUGCCAGUUACACUGAAGGAACCUGCCUUUCUUAAAGACCCUAAUGUCUGUGAUAUCAAGUACCCAGAGUAACUGUCUUUUGAAAGCUGUGUAUGAUUGUGUACCGUAUGUGAACAUAUUUUCAUGAAAUAUCAAUAAACCUGGUUGUCAGAUGUUU